AUGGAACGUUCCUUUCAACUGAGAGAUGGCAUCGCGGCUGCUCAGAUACCGAUAUUUACCGUGUUCCUUUUGUUCGGUGUCUUCUUUGGUAUACGGAAUAAGGAUGGCUGGAUCAGCGUAGCCUUGUUCUCGUCCAUUCGAAUUGCAGGAGCAAGCUGCCUGCUGGCAGCCUUCGCAACGGGCAGCUCCAGUGUUUGGGCUGCAGCAUUUGUUCUGGAAUCGUUAGGCUUAGUUCUCCUCACGUUCGUCCUCCUCGGUCUUCUCAAGAGAACAAACGCUCACUUACACGUCCUUACGGACUGGCAUUUUAAAAUACCGGAGUUGAUCUGCUGGGCGGGUAUAGGCGUCUCUGUCGCCGACUAUAUUGGCGCCCGCCAUCGCGAGGACCCAAUGGCACCCAGCUCGCUAUCAAGAGUCAGUGUUGGUCUUUUCGCUGCACUAUUCGCGUGGACGGCCUUACUCUUCUUACGGCUUGUACGCGAAUGGAAGCUGCUCUCAACUACGCAACGACGAUGCAUGAUUGGUGUGGGCGCGGCGCUCCCAUUCAUGACAGUUCGAACGAUACACAUAUUAGUUUACACGAUCACAGCCAACGAAACCUUUAGUUCAGUGUCUGGAAGCGGAGUCAUCUACCUAGUUAUGACCAUGUUGCCAGAGGUAGGCGUGUUGGCUUCAGUCGUUUGGGCGAUGAUGGGAUUGCCAUCAGGAACCAGGGACACACGAGCGAGCGUUCCAAGGUCUAGUGAGGACGAGAGGGAUCUUGAUAACUUGAUAGAUAGUAAUGCAGCCCAGCGGGCUCUUUAA